AUGAUGGCCGGGAGUUCACAAGAGUCCAAGAAACUCAAGAGGAUCCAUGCAGUUGACAGACUGAGGGGCCUUCCUGACAGCAUCCUUCAUCACAUUAUCUCGUUCCUCGACUCGAAAUCUGCAGUUCGAACCAGCCUUCUGGCGAGGAGGUGGAGAUGUUUGUGGAAACAUGUUCCUGUCCUCAAUUUUAUCCAGAAAUCCUUCCCUAACUUGUCGAGUUUCACAAAGCACAUACACAGGAUCUUGUCUCUCCGCUUCCAUCAGAUCCCUGUCAGCAGCAUUACCUUCAAAAUAUGUGGAGAUAAGUGGGGAGGUGCUAUGAAAGCAUUUGGAAAGAUCAUGAGAUAUGCUGACUCUCACGGUGGCGGCGGUCUUCACCGAUUGUCCUUUAUCGAUGACAAAGUGCAAUUCAACAUCAGAGAGGUGACGGAUGCCAUCGCUGCUUAUCAUCAUAAUGAAUCUCUCAAGAUACUCAUGCUGAGGAGAUGCACUCUCGAGAGGGAAUUCGAUUCGCACUUCAAAUUGCUUACGACUCUUGAGCUGCAUAGAUGCGACCUGAAACCUUAUCCUGCUGGGAAGUUGUUUGAUCCAUUUGCUAAUUUACCUUGUCUGAGCCACCUAAAGUUAGUUGGAUGCCUUGUCUCUCAUCAUGACACUAGGUUUAUGAUAUCGGGACUUCAGCUGCUUGUCCUUGAAAUUCAUUUUUCAGGUUCCAUCAGUGAAGUGUGUGCUCCAAAGCUGAAAUCUUUAUAUUGGUGGGGUAGUAGAUCGCGAUAUCUCCCCAAAUUGAAUCUUCCUGCUCUUGAUCAUGCAAAUAUCCAUGUUGUACUUACAUUUAACGUGUCUCACUCCCCGUUCCAACGCGUGCGAUUCUGUAUCUCGGUUGGAGAUAAAAAAGAGGUGCAAUUAAGGUUCACUUGUAACUAA